AUGGAAGGCGACGCCACGGAGAACGGCAAGACGAAGGACGAUGCCACGGAGAGUAUGGUGGUCGCGAACAGAGACGUCUCGACGGAGGUGCGAAAUCAAAGAGAGGAGAUUUCUGGUGAGAACAAGCAUUAUGAGACACCAACCAAUCCUCUGUUGCCGUCUUGUAUCCCUGGAGUUUCUUCCAGUGGUUCAGCUGUAGCAGUUGCUGCUGGCCUAGUUGACUUUGCUAUUGGUGAGUUUACUUGGUUACCACUUGUUGCAGCUUCAAAGAUAACGAGAGAUCCACCCACAGAUUUUGCUUUGAUAAGACCCCCAGGACAUCAUGCAGUUCCACAAGGACCUAUGGGCUUCUGCGUUUUUGGAAAUGUGGCUAUUGCAGCCCGUUAUGCUCAGCGUGUUCAUGGGCUAAAGCGCGUGUUUAUAAUUGACUUUGAUGUUCACAACGGGAAUGGAACAAGUGAUGCUUUCUAUGAUGAUCCAGAUGUAUUUUUCCUUUCAUUUCAUCAAGUAAGCAACAAGAUUGAAGUUAUCAAUGCUUUCAUUUCAUCUAUUGUGCUUCAUUCUGAAAUGCCAUCUGUUAUCUAUGUUUCUCUUUUGGAUGGAAGCUUUCCAGAUACCGGCAAAUAUGAUGAGGUGGGGACUGGUGACGGUGAAGGAACCACACUAAAUCUGCCUCUUCUUGAAGGAUCAGGUGAUACUGCUGUUAGAACCGUGUUCGAUGAAGUAGUCGUACCAUGUGCUCAAAGAUUUGAGCCAGACAUCAUCCUUGUUUCUGCUGGGUCUGAUGCCCAUGUGUUGGAUCCACUAGCUCGACUUCAAUGUACAACUGGAACAUAUUACAAGCUUGCAUCCAGUAUCAAACAACUAGCAAAAGAUUUAUGUGGGGGACGAUGUGUGUUUUUCCUGGAAGGAGGAUACAAUCUCGAGUCUCUUUCAUAUUCAGUGGCAGACACAUUCCGUGCUCUUAUCGGGGAUCCAAGCUUGGCAUCUAGGUACGACAACCCCAACAAUUUGAAAGCAGAGCCAACAGCUAAGGUUAAGCAAGCAAUUCAGAGGACAAAACACCUUCAUUCCCUGUGAUGUUGAAAAUCAAAAACUGGUCAUGACAAACAAACAUCUAUUAGCAUGAACAUUUUUCAUUUUUCUAUGUGUCCCUACUAGGCUUAGACUUGCGCGACAGGAAUUUUUUUUAUAUUUAAGUGUAUAGUUUGUUAUACGAUGAAGAUCUUGUUGCAGCCAUGUUCAGAUGAUGGAUGAUUCAAAGUCACCCCUGCCAAAAAAAAAACUUGCAAUUUUGUAAAAAAAUAUUCAGU